AUGGUAUCACAAAAUAACUCACGGAGUGAGGAUGCUAUCACAUCUGAAGAAAAGAGCAAUUUUAUUGUCUCUCGAAGUGAGGAUGCUCUCACAUCUAAAUUAGAUGAUACUGGGAAAACCAAACAGUGGUAUGGCCAAUGCUUCUUAUAG